AUGGAGAGAAACACACAUUAAAACCGUACUGCCUCCACUGAUCCGUUGCGCAAAACCACACAGUAACUUACAUACGCCACUGCUCUUCUCACCAUUCGUCAAACUAGACCGACACGUGGACGAUUUACCUCAAAUCACCAACCGUGCGCACAAAUUGCAGCAGCGAUCGGUUACGGAGAAGAAGAAGAUGACGUCGGACGGCGCGACGUCGACGUCAGCAGCAGCAGCGAUGGCGGCGACGAGGAGGAAGCCGUCGUGGAGAGAGAGGGAGAACAAUCGGAGGAGGGAGAGGAGGAGAAGAGCUGUAGCGGCGAAGAUUUACACUGGUCUGAGAGCUCAAGGUAACUACAAUCUCCCCAAGCACUGCGACAACAAUGAAGUGCUCAAGGCUCUUUGCUCUGAAGCUGGAUGGGUGGUUGAAGAAGACGGAACCACUUAUCGCAAGGGACACAAGCCUCCUUCUCUACCUGGUGACGUGGCUGGAUCAUCCUCACGAGCCACUCCUUACUCUUCCUACAACCAAAGCCCAUUCGAAAGUCCCAUCCUUUCUUACCAAGUCAGUCCAUCGUCUUCCUCAUUCCCUAGCCCUUCUCGUGGUGGUGGAGACACACACAACAACAUCUCCACCAUCUUCCCUUUCCUCAGGAACGGUGGGAUCCCUUCUUCUCUUCCUCCUCUCAGGAUCUCAAACAGUGCUCCAGUGACACCACCUGUCUCAUCUCCAUCAUCUAAACACACCAAGGCGUUACCCACUUGGGGGGAAUGUUUUACCAAUCAGUCCAUGGCCAUUGCUGCUAAACAGUCAAUGCUGCUAAACAGUGCUCCAGUGACACCACCUGUCUCAUCUCCAUCAUCUAAACACACCAAGGCGUUACCCACUUGGGGGGAAUGUUUUACCAAUCAGUCCAUGGCCAUUGCUGCUAAACAGUCAAUGUCGUCUUUCAACUACCCUUUCUACGCGGUCUCUGCACCGGCGAGUCCCACUCAUCAUCGCCAGUUCAAUGCUCCCCCGGCUACUAUACCUGAGUGUGACGAGUCUGACGCUUCCACUGUUGAUUCUGGUCAUUGGAUAAGCUUUCAGAAGUUCUCACAACAACAGCCGUUCCUUGGCGUUUCUGCAGUGCCGGCUUCUCCUACUUUCAAUCUAGUGAGACCGCCUGUACCUCAGCAGUUAUCUCCAAACACUGGAGCAACACAAGAGAUUGGUCAAAGCUCGGAGUUUAAAUUUGAGAACAGGCAAGUGAAGCCGUGGGAAGGGGAGAGGAUCCAUGAUGUGGCUAUGGAGGAUCUUGAGCUCACACUUGGAAACGCUAAAGGUCGUAUUUAGUUGAUAUUCAGAACAAAAAGAAAAAAAAACCAUUGUGGCAUGGUUUGAGUGUUAAGUGUGUUUGUUCAGUUCUUGGUUUUGGUUCUUGUACUAGCAUAUCUAUAUUCAUUGUACCAAUGAGUUUGUUUCACAAGGCAUUAUUUGUAGAUAGAAUUUUAAGAUGCAUGUUUCUAUUUUAUAUCAUUCCUUUUAGGUCUUGUAAGACAUUACAAUUUUUUAAAAAAAAAAGAAAUUAAGUGGCUUGAACUA